CGGCGGGGUCCUUCCGGACGGCGGGCGCAGCGGUGCGGCGGCGUGGGGCGGAAGCGCGGUCUCGGGCGGCGGACUGGGAGCCUUAGGCUGAGCGGGCGACAGCAUCAUGGAUACUGACUUGUAUGAUGAGUUUGGGAAUUAUAUUGGACCAGAGCUUGAUUCUGAUGAAGAUGAUGAUGAAUUGGGCAGAGAGACCAAAGAUCUUGAUGAGAUGGACGAUGACGAUGAUGACGACGAUGUAGGAGACCAUGAUGAGGACCACCCUGGGAUGGAGGUGGUGCUGCACGAGGACAAGAAGUACUACCCCACAGCUGAGGAGGUGUACGGCCCCGAGGUGGAGACCAUUGUUCAGGAAGAAGACACCCAGCCCCUCACCGAACCUAUUAUUAAGCCAGUGAAAACCAAGAAAUUCACUCUGAUGGAGCAGACAUUACCUGUCACGGUGUAUGAAAUGGAUUUCUUGGCAGAUCUGAUGGAUAACUCGGAACUCAUCAGAAAUGUGACCCUCUGUGGCCAUCUCCACCAUGGCAAGACGUGUUUUGUAGAUUGUUUAAUAGAGCAGACUCACCCGGAAAUCAGGAAGCGCUAUGACCAAGAUCUGUGCUAUACUGACAUCCUCUUCACAGAGCAAGAGAGAGGUGUUGGCAUCAAAAGCACUCCUGUGACGGUGGUCUUGCCAGAUACCAAAGGAAAAUCUUACCUUUUCAAUAUCAUGGACACUCCAGGACAUGUGAAUUUUUCUGAUGAGGUCACGGCUGGCUUGCGCAUCUCAGAUGGAGUUGUCCUUUUUAUCGAUGCUGCUGAAGGCGUGAUGCUGAACACCGAGCGACUGAUCAAGCACGCAGUGCAGGAGAGGCUGGCGGUCACCGUGUGCAUCAACAAGAUUGACCGGCUGAUCCUGGAGCUCAAGCUGCCUCCCACCGACGCUUAUUACAAGCUACGGCACAUCGUAGAUGAGGUCAAUGGGCUCAUAAGGUAUAGGAUGCUGGGCGUGGAUUUCCUGUCCUCAGGAACUCUGUCAGAAGCCUGCUUCUCCCUCUCCCACUCCCCCUGCUUUACUUAGAUAGAUUAUAAUCGUAUAUCUUCUCUUACAGGUGACAUUAACUACCAGGAAUUUGCUAAAAGACUCUGGGGUGACAUUUAUUUCAACCCCAAAACACGAAAGUUCACCAAAAAGGCCCCAACCAGCAGCUCCCAGAGGAGCUUUGUGGAGUUUAUCUUGGAGCCCCUUUAUAAGAUCCUUGCUCAGGUUGUAGGUGACGUGGACACCAGCCUCCCCAGGACUCUGGACGAGCUUGGCAUUCACCUGACCAAGGAGGAGCUGAAGCUGAACAUCCGCCCCCUGCUCAGGCUGGUCUGCAAAAAAUUCUUUGGCGAGUUCACAGGUUUUGUGGACAUGUGUGUGCAGCAUAUCCCCUCUCCAAAGGUGGGCGCCAAGCCCAAGAUAGAGCAUACCUACACCGGUGGUGUGGAUUCUGAUCUCGGCGAGGCCAUGAGCGACUGUGACCCUGAUGGUCCCCUGAUGUGCCACACUACCAAGAUGUACAGCACAGAUGAUGGAGUUCAGUUUCAUGCCUUCGGCCGGGUGCUAAGUGGCACCAUCCACGCUGGGCAGCCUGUGAAGGUAUUGGGGGAGAACUACACCCUGGAGGAUGAGGAAGACUCCCAGAUAUGCACCGUGGGCCGCCUCUGGAUCUCUGUGGCCAGGUACCACAUUGAGGUGAAUCGUGUUCCUGCUGGCAACUGGGUUCUGAUUGAAGGUGUUGAUCAACCAAUUGUGAAGACAGCGACCAUAACUGAACCCCGAGGCAAUGAGGAGGCUCAGAUUUUCCGGCCCUUAAAGUUCAACACCACAUCUGUUAUCAAGAUUGCUGUGGAACCGGUCAACCCCUCAGAGCUGCCCAAGAUGCUGGACGGUCUGCGCAAGGUCAACAAGAGCUAUCCAUCCCUCACCACCAAGGUGGAAGAGUCUGGGGAGCAUGUGAUUCUAGGUACUGGGGAGCUCUACUUGGACUGUGUGAUGCACGACUUGCGGAAGAUGUACUCAGAGAUCGACAUCAAGGUGGCUGACCCUGUUGUCACGUUUUGUGAGACGGUGGUGGAAACAUCUUCCCUCAAGUGCUUUGCUGAAACGCCCAAUAAGAAGAACAAGAUCACCAUGAUUGCCGAGCCUCUUGAGAAGGGCCUCGCCGAGGACAUAGAGAAUGAGGUGGUCCAGAUCACCUGGAACAGGAAGAAACUGGGAGAAUUCUUCCAGACCAAGUAUGAUUGGGAUCUGCUGGCUGCACGUUCUAUCUGGGCUUUCGGCCCUGAUGCCACCGGCCCCAACAUCCUGGUGGAUGAUACCCUGCCCUCUGAGGUGGACAAGGCUCUUCUUGGUUCAGUGAAGGACAGCAUCGUUCAAGGUUUCCAGUGGGGAACCCGGGAGGGGCCCCUCUGUGAUGAGCUGAUUCGAAAUGUCAAGUUUAAGAUCCUCGAUGCAGUGGUUGCCCAAGAGCCCCUGCACCGGGGCGGGGGCCAGAUCAUCCCCACGGCAAGGAGAGUCGUCUAUUCUGCCUUCCUCAUGGCCACUCCUCGCCUGAUGGAGCCUUACUACUUUGUGGAGGUCCAGGCCCCUGCGGAUUGUGUCUCUGCUGUGUACACUGUCCUGGCCAGGCGCAGGGGGCAUGUGACUCAGGAUGCACCUAUCCCAGGCUCCCCUCUCUACACCAUCAAAGCUUUCAUCCCCGCCAUUGAUUCUUUUGGCUUUGAGACUGAUCUGCGAACUCACACCCAAGGGCAGGCCUUUUCCUUGUCUGUCUUCCACCAUUGGCAGAUUGUACCCGGCGAUCCUCUGGACAAGAGCAUUGUCAUCCGUCCCCUGGAGCCACAGCCUGCUCCUCACCUGGCCCGGGAAUUCAUGAUCAAAACCCGUCGCAGGAAGGGCCUGAGUGAGGACGUAAGCAUCAGCAAGUUCUUCGAUGAUCCCAUGUUGCUGGAGCUCGCCAAGCAGGAUGUUGUGCUCAAUUACCCCAUGUGAGUGCUGGGACUCCUGGCAGCCCUGCUCCCUGCAGCGGGCUGUAUCCUGGACUUGAAGCUGGGACCUGGUGUGACCCGGACUCCAUGUUGUCAGAGAGCAUCUGAGAGCUGCUGUGGCCAUUUUUAACAACCCCAAACCCUCCAACCCAGAGUCCCAGCAAGGGAGGAGUAUUUGGCCUCCUGGUUCCUCUGUGGCCUCUGCCUGGCUCCAUUCCCAGGGAACAGAGUGGAGCUUGGACUCAGAGAAGAAGGGGACAAAGUGUUUAACCCCAAGGGGCCCUGUCUUCAGGAUUUACGUGGAAUUUUUUUUUUUUUUUACAAGUUUGACCUUAGACAUGGUUUUUAAGUGAACAGAACAUUCUGACCUCUGCCUUGCUCUUGUUCCUUUCAUCCCCACCCCUGUCCCCUUCCCUCCAACACAGUCUGGCCCUGGCACUUGGGUCCUGAAUAUAUGUUGUCUCCUGUGUCUCUUCUCCCAGCUGCAGUCUUCCUGCCUGGGUCCCCAGGGCAGCAGCCUGUGAUGGGAGGGAUGCCUGCCUCUCAAUUCAGUGCUCCCGUGAACGUUGAGGCCACUUUCUUGCCUCCACCUUCCUGCCUCUCUACUCUGCUGCUGCUGGGUGGGACCUGGGCUGGCCUUGGAGGUGUUAGGCUUUUGGAACCAGAAGCUGUUGCCUCUGGAGAACCUCCCUUGCCCUGGAGCUGGGGGCCAGAACUCUGAUUUCUAGCCCUUUCUCUAAAACUAACACCCACCCACCCACCCCGCUACUGGUCCUUUUCUCUGCUGUCCUCCAUGUGAAGAAGAGACGUCAUUUUCCUCAAAACGGCUUUAUUAGGAACGUACCAGGGAUUGGUGGAGGAGGCUCUGGUGGCCCCAGGCUCUACAGAGUCCUACUUCUCCCCGGGAUCCUGUGCUGUUCUCUUGAUGUAAUCUCUAAACAUCGUGUACACAGCACCUGCAGGAAGGAGAAGGGAAAACAUCCCGUAACACCAAACCCUGCACCCAUCCUCUGGCUCUCCCAGGAGUCUGACUCCAGCCGUUCCCCUGAGAGUCCAGCUUCUCUGCUCAUCUUUUUGCUCUGGGUCUCACCAGCUGCCAUGAGCACCUGACCACACGGCCUAGGCAAACACCCCGUUGACAGUUCACAAAGCCCUUCCACAUAGAUUACCUAUCUGAGAAACCUCACAGCAACCUCUGAGGUAGGCAAGCCAGGGUGCUUAUCAGCAUGUUGGACAUGGGGAAACUGAGGCUCAGAGAAGGAUUUGUCCACUGUCACACAGCUAGUCCGUAGCUGCCUGCCUCUUGACCCAGAGAGGAAAAGAAGCAUAUGUUCUGCUAUGUGAUUUUUCUCACAUCUAGAACAAACUCUCACGACACCCAACUGCACCAUCCCCACAGGCCCCGGGACAGGAGAUAAAACAAGGAACCCUGAAAAUGGCUUGGUUUGAGAGCGUCACCCAAGACUUGCUGUGGAGCUUACUAUAGGGAACAGGGACUAAAAUCACCAUCCCUUAACUGUCAGGACUCACAGCCAGAUUUUGCCUAAUCAGCUCUGUUGGUAUUCUCCUGGGACCCUGGCAGCCACUCACCUAGCAUGACUGCACCCACAGCACAAGCCUGCGCUGCCACUCGGGUGUGAAUCAGGUGUAUGGACAUCUUGGUGGAACCACGGGCCUUAAGCCGAUAAAUCCGGUAGGCUGCCACUGCCAGGCAGCCUCCUAAGCCUGUGGGCAGAGAACAUGACUGUUGGGCCUCAGUCACCAAUCACAUGGUUCCCCUGAUGACAGACCCCCUCACUUAGGUAGCCUGGGCAUCUGGAUAAACCCCUACUUUCCUGCCACUUCAUGGCGGGAGGAGGGGACCAUCAUCAGAAUAUUGAGUUGUUUCCUCUCCGUGGCAUUUUCAAAGUGGCUGCCUCCCUCCAGUGAGCCCUCCUCUGUGUACAAAUAGCCCGUUCUGAGCCCCCUACACCCAUUGGCUCUGCUCAGGCCCUUCUCCAACUGCUGUUGGCUCCCACAGCUACUUUCCCACUCUCCCAAGACCUUGAAGGAAGCCCUGGGAGACCCCAAACGGCUCCUCCCUCUCCUCACGCAGGUGUUGAUGCCCCGUGUUUACCCGCACCCCAAGCCCUCGGCCACCACCUCCACCCAUCCAGAUUCCUUUAUUUCAUUGUCAGGCGUGUCCUUUCGUCCCUUGGCAGCUUUGCUGCUGGUUCACUCCUUUCCUGGCUGGUGACUGCUCAGUGGGUAUGACACUUGAGUUCUCUGCUUCAUUUGAAAAGACUAAGAGACCUGUUCUCUGAGGGAAGGACCCUCCUUGCCCUUUUUCCUUACUUUCCUACUCACCUACAGGCACCAGCGGAGACUCCCUGGUCUUCCUCAGGAACUUCUGAGACACACUGUCUUCGCCCUCAGGUGGUACCCACCAGCCUUUGUUAGCAGACAUGAUCUGGCCCCAGGGUUAUCAGCUGGGGCUCUGAGGCUUCAGCGCAGUCCUAGAAAGAGGCACCCCACAAUAAGAACUCCCGAUUCCCCUCAGUCUGGGGGUAAAGGAGGGAGUUGCCUGCUAAGACCCUCUCUUACCAUGCCCCAACACACCUGCUACUUGAAAAGUUGUCCCAAGUGUCCUGUCUCAGAUGGCUGGACCACUAGUGCCGUUUCGCCCAUCUCUUUCUAACGUUUGCCUCUUCCCCAUCUCAUUCUGACUUCAUUGUUUUCCCUGCUCCCCCUCCCCCCCUUCCAUCUGUAUCCCUAUGUGAUCCUUGGGUCAAGAAAAGCAGCUGGAAAAAUCCACAGAUGAGGGUGGGAGGAACAGGCCUUGAGGCUUGGGCACCCCACUGGCCUUGAAUCUGUGACAGUUCCCUGAGGGAGCUACAGAAAAGGAUCUGGCCCCAGAGAGCCAGAGCCAUCCCAGUGUCCCAGCUCUGGUUACUGAAUCACCGGAGCCAAAGAUUGAUUUGUGAAUAAUUUAGCAUAGAUUUUUGGACAUUAGUCCUAAUGGAACUAAUUCUGGUCCCUGAACUGCUCACAUUUCCAUCUCUUGCCAGGUUCUUUGCCAUUGCCGAACCCCUGCCUCCCUCUCUGGGCAGGUGACCCCUCUUGCUCUACUUGCUAACCCCAGUAAACAUCUGCUCUGAUCACAAACUAGACGGAACCCCAGAGUCCUGGUCCAUAGACCAGGGCUUCUGCCUACGCGGUGCCUUCUAGGUCCGGCCGUAAGACAGACUCCCUACAUGAGGUGACCUCUAUUCUUAGUUGCCUCUUCUCUCCUGGAGGAGCAAGGACUGUCAGCCCCACAGGUUCUCAGCAUGCUGAUGCUUACCCUAGGAGAUGGCUAGAAAGUAGAGUGCGAGCAGUCCGGCCAGGGCUCAGCAUCUGCUGUUUUGAACCGGCCAGGAGCUGAUGAUGGAGCUGCCACUGUAGGGUCAGGGAAGCAAGCUUUAAUGGGGACUUUGAAGUCAGGAAUGGAGAGGGGAGGAGAUAGGCCAGGGCAUCAGUCUUAACCCCCCAUUUGCUGAGUUCCAGGCCAAAGCUCCAAGCACCGGAAAGUAAUGAAAGAUCAGAUGGUGGGAGCCCUUAACUAGAUUCAGUCUGUUAAUUCUCAUGGAUGUAAGGGGCUGGAUCAGAACAGGGACUUGCUACGGAGAACUGAGCUGGAAAUACAGAGGCAAGAAACGAGAGAGAUCCUCUGUUCUCCCGCAAGCUAUACUGCUUCAAACACGAACAAUGUGGGAUGUAAAUAAAAUGACCCUAUUCCCAA